AUGUCUGACAGCGAGGGUGCUGUCGUUGAGCCCCAGGCGAGGAGAGAGAGUGCAGCUGAUGAUGAUGAUGAUGGAGAGGGUGAUGAGGAAGAGGAGGAGCUUGACAGGGAGAAGGUCAAGAUCUUGCCCGAGGCGACCACGGAGGACGGCACGUGUGCGUCGUUCCAGAUCCUGAACGAGGACCACACGCUCGGGAACGCGCUGCGUUACGUGAUCAUGAAGAACCCGGAGGUCGAGUUCUGCGGGUACUCCAUCCCGCACCCGUCUGAGAACUGGCUCAACGUCAGAAUCCAGACGUACGGGAAGAUAACCGCAGUCGACGCAUUCAAGAAGGGUCUCGGAGACCUCAUGGACAUGUGUGACGUCGUAGAAGACGUUUUCACACAGAGGAUCAGGGAGAUGUGA